AUGAAUUCAAGUAAAAGUGUUCCAUUUAUAACUCCUAAUAAAAGGCCAACGACAGCUUUUCCAAGAGCUGAUCGUGAAAUGACUUCUAUCACAACAACUUAAUAGGAGUACCAGCAAUAAUUAUAAAAAAAUAAUUUGCCAUUUUUAGAUUUUAUAGAUCCUUUAGUCCUUAAGAAAAAAAAAUAGGAAAUUGUUAGAAAAAAAUAUGAAUAGCUGCUAGAAAAGAUUUAAUUUUAUGAUGCGGAUUAACCUGAAGAUUAAAGACAAUAUAGAUAUUCCAAAGAAACAUUAAUGCCCUAUUUACUUUUCACUAAAUAUAUGGCAAGAAAACCAGAUUUACCUGAAGGAGAAGUUAAGUAAAGUAAAAAUAAUCGCUUGAAAGUUUGGAUACCAGAUACAAUUGUUCUUAAUGAUGAUAACUUCCCACCAAUGUGGUUUUAUUCUUCACCCGAUGGUCAUGUUUAUCGUACUGAUUCAUUUACUUCUAAGAGUGUAGCAGCCAAAUUAUCGAAUUAUGCAUCACCAGACGAAUUAGUUGCAGUUGUUAAAAAAAUACAAUUUAGGGACUAAUUGAAUAUAGCAGGUAAUUAAGUCAAAUUAGUUAGCUCCAGAGACCUUCUUACCACUGUUACAAAUACUUUUUAAGUCAGAGAGCCAACCGUGAUUUAAAAAUUCAUCAAAUCAAAUGGUCCUAAGGCAUUCAUUUGCAGAACAGUAUGGAGGAAGGAUAGAAAUCCAUACUGUUGGAUUAUAACUAAUAAAAGUGAUUUCUAUUCUGAAGAAAAAAUACCUGAAUAAUAAAAAUAUAUAACAAACCCAAAUAUUAUGAAUUCUUGCACUAUAGUAAAUACUUGCAGAGGAAAAUAUGUUGAUGAAACUGUCCCCUAUAUUAAGAACAUUUUAAAAUAUUUACAUAAUAAUUUGAAUAUUGGAUUUAAAGAAUUUAUCUGUGACUUCAUAAAAGAUGAGUCUGGCAUUUGGUGGAUGGUAAAUGUAAAGGGCUUUGUAUUUGAUGAUCCUAUACCUGAAGAAAUAAAUACAAAAAAGAUUUUAAAUUAUGGUGAUGAUAUGGGUUUAGAAGUAAAAGAAGAUAAUUCAUAAUAAAAUAAGAAUAAAUAUUAAAAAGUUAAAAUUUGUAAGUAUUGUGAAACUGUUUUUCCAGAAAAUGAACUUUGUCAUAAAAUGACUUUAAAAAUGAUUAUUUAGACAGACAAGCAUUUGUUACACAGAAGCAAAAAUUUUCCAUGGUUAGCUAGAUCUGAUAUUAAGCAUGUAGAUACUCCACUUUUGUAUCAAGAGCACAAGGUCUGCAAAACAUGCUACACACUUUAUACUGAAACAGAAAAACUUAUUCAAUAAGAAUACCAAUUUGCUAAAUUACUUGGAAUUCCUUGUAAUGAAGAAACCAAAUACAACUUGGUUAGCUUAAAUUAAAUUGAUUAAGCAAAUGGAGGAGCAGAUAACUCAGAUUUAAGUGGCAUGUAAAAAUAAAAACCAGAGGAAUAGGAUGAUGGAAAUUGGGUACUUGAUAUCGCUCCUAACACUUAAUUGGUAGUGAAAAAUAAUUAACCAAAAAUAAAUAAUAAAGUAUAGAAAUAACUUGAUAGAUACAGAAUGAUGAUUUUGUUACAUUAUAUGAGAGACAUACCUAUAGAAAGAGAAGAUUAUAAUAAAAAUUACUUCAUAGAAUAUACAAUAUUUGAUUAAAAAGUUAAAUAUAAAUUAGAUUUAUAAAAUGCUUUAGUAAAUCCUAAAGAUAAUACUUGCAUAGUAGGUUUGAAUAAAAUAAGGAUAUGCUAUUUCUUCACUAAUGGAAGAAAAGGAAUUAACUCAUAUAUUCAUUAGAAAUAAGUUUUGACUAUGAAUUUGUAUUGCGAUUAAUAAAAAAUAGGUGUUUUAGAUUUGGAAUUACAAGAUUUCCUAAGUGAUAAAGUUAACAAAAGAGAAUAUUACAAGGUCUUUUCAGGGAAAACUUUACCAAUUCUUAAAUGGGGUUUAAAUCUAACUGUCGGCAUGUUUAAUGCUGGGUUAAUAGAUGUUUCAAGGAUAAAGCUAUCUGAGCAUGAAGGAAUAUACUUACCUCAUGGUGACUAUUAUACUUGUGAGCCUCUUCCUGCUGAAUGGAUUUAAAUUAUUAACGAAAAAAAGGAUUUAAAUUCAAUAAAAAAUAAAAUGACAUAUCUGAAAAAUACAUAUGGAGCAAACACUCCAUUGGACAGAUCAACAGUGAAUACGCCUUCAUAUAAUUAAAAGCAAAGAGGAUCAUAAAGAAGCCAUUAGCAAGCAUAAAGCUAAUUUUCAGCUACAUAACCUAAUUUUAACUCUGCACUAACUCCAUUAUAACUUAACUAACAAAAUUCACAUCAAUCUUUAUAAUAUACAAAUACUGUGGGAUAGAAUACAAAUAAAAAUUCUUCUUCAUAGUUUUACUAAUAGCAUUUAUAAUAACCUUAAUCAACAAUUUUAUCUGAGCUCUCCCCUUUUGGAAAAGAAGUUAAAUUUUAUCCAUCCUAACAUUCAUAGUUUGCAAAUAAUUAAAACUAAGAUUAAUAUGGAACUAAUGAUAAUUCUUCUUAUUAAGGAUAUAACUCUUCUAAUCAGCAAGAAAAUUUCUCAAACGAAGAAACUAGACUUUUCGAUGAAAUUUUAAAGAGUGAGAUCAAUUAAUAUUCUAAAGAAGAAACAUAAAAAAAGAAAAAACUCAAAAAGAAAAUAUAUUAUUGA